CGUAAAAGCGAUUGUUUACAAACGGCGGCAUCAGCAGUCAAGCAGUAGUUAUUUGCGGAGCAAAACAUUUUGUAUUAUUCAAUUAUUUGAAGUGUCUGAAACACAUAAACCAAAGGCACAAACUAAUAACAAUGGCGGACGCUAACGACGAUGACAAACCAUCCGUAACUGUCGCAUCCAAAGUAUCAUUUGCAGAACUCUGUGGACUGCUUGAGAAAAUAUCCAAAACACAAGGAAAUGACAAAAAGAAACGAAUUUUAACAGAAUUUGUUGAUAAAUGGAGAGAUUUUCAUAACUCACUACACAAAGACGAUAAAAAAGACACGACUGAUUCCUUUUAUCCUGCCAUGCGAUUGUUACUUCCUCACCAUGAGAAGGAGAGAGUGGCAUACGGAAUAAAAGAGCAUAUGUUGGCCAAACUACUGAUCGAGGUGUUGUGUUUAGGGAAGGAUAGUGCUGAUGCCAACAGGCUGCUUAACUACAAAGCUCCGAAAACAGCCAGAGCGGACGCUGGAGAUUUUGCGGGUGUGACCUACUUUGUGUUGAAGAACCGCUGUCCAGAGAAGGGAACACUGACCAUUCAGGAGGUCAAUGACUGUCUGGACGGCAUCGCUCAGAACAAUGCGGCCAAGAAGAAGGAUUUGGUGAGGAAGAAUGUUCUGCGGCUGUUGACUAACAUGACAGCAGUGGAGCUCAAGUGGCUCAUCAGGAUGAUUGUGAAGGAACUGAAGGUGGGGCUGAGUCAGGCAUCUGUCUUAUCAGUGUAUCAUCCGGACGCUGAGGACUUCUUCAACGUCAACAAUAACCUGGAAAAGGUGUGUCGGAUGCUGAGGGAGCGGAGUGUUCGGGUACAUGAGAUCGGUAUCAGCAUCUUCUCACCCUUCUCGCCGAUGCUGGGGGAGAGAGCCUCACCUGAUGAGGUGGAGAAACUGAUGGAGGGGAAAACCUACUUCCUAGAGACAAAGUUUGAUGGAGAACGCAUGCUGUUACAUAAACGUGACAAUGAAUACAAGUACUUCUCUAGGAGUGCUAACGAGUACACAGCCACAUUUGGGUCCAACAGCUUUGACGGGAAUUUCACGCAGUACAUUCACGACUUGUUCAAGCCUGGAAUCAAGUCUUGUAUAUUAGAUGGAGAAAUGCUGGGAUACCAUGCUGAAACUAAGACUUAUGCUACCAAGGCCAUGAACACAGACAUCAAACGACAACAACAGGAAGGGUAUCAGCCAUGCUAUAACAUAUUUGAUAUCGUGGUACUCAAUGACAAAGUGCUCACCAACAAGCCCCUGAGGGAGCGACUUCAGCUGCUGGAGACGGUGAUCGACCCCGAGGAGGGGCGCAUUCAGAUCAGCAAGCACACUGAGGCCAACACAAAUCAGGAGUGUGCUGACGCCUUGAACAAAGCUAUAGACGGCAGAGAGGAGGGGAUAAUGGUAAAGAACCCUGACUCAGUCUACAGACCCAACACCAGGAAGGGUGGGUGGAUCAAGAUUAAACCGGAGUACGUGGGGGGUCUGAUGGACGAGCUUGAUGUUGUAGUGGUGGGUGGGUACCUGGGUGUCGGCCACCGUGGCGGGAUGAUGUCACACUUCCUCUGUGCUGUGGCAGUCCCUGUGGAUGACGGAGAAAAACCUGAAGUGUUCCAUUCCUUCUGUAAGGUUGGAUCUGGAUAUUCUAAAAAAGAGCUAGGGGAAGUUAAUGAGAAGUUGAAGGAUCAUUGGAAGGCGUUUGACAAGAGGAACCCUCCGACCUCCAUCAUUCUGGCCUCUGGCUUCAAGGAGAAGCCAGACGCUUGGAUAGAGCCUAGUAACUCGGUUAUUGUCCAGAUAAAAGCAGCAGAGAUCAUUGACAGUGACCGGUUUAAAACAAAUUGUACCCUGAGGUUUCCUCGGGUCGAGUGUUUCCGUGACGACAAGGCCUGGCAUGAUUGUAUGACUGUCACAGACAUUUUGGAACUGAAGGAGAAGUCUGGAGGUAAAUUAGCGGGUGGUAAGGUGGAGCUUGCGGAAGGAGAGGAACCAGUAAAGAAGAAAAGAAAGAUUGUUAGUCGAGUGGUUCGCCCGACCCUUGGAGCUCAGUUUAUGGGAGCCGACCUCACGUCUGUCACACAGGUAUCAAAGAUGUUGGAGGGAAAAGAGUUUUGUGUGAUUAAUGGCCCAUCGUCAUUUCCAAAGCAUGCCAUAGAAACAAAAAUUGUAGAAUUUGGUGGCAAAAUAGUUCAAAAUCCAGGUCCGUCCACGUUCUGUGUCCUGGCAGACAAGGUGGCUGUCCGCGUCACAAACCUCAUCAAACGGGACAUGUACGAUGUUGUUAAGGUGUCGUGGUUCCAGCGUUGUGUGGAUGCCAGCCGAUGGUUACCAUGGUCCCCAGCUGAUAUGAUUCACACGUCACCCAAGACCCAGCUGGAUUUCCAGAAGCAAUAUGAUGAGUUUGGGGACAGCUAUGUAGAUCCGACCAGUCCUGAACAACUGAAGACUGUGUUUAGUAGAAUAUCUAAGGUUGAAAAUGGGAUGACAGAUGCCCUGGACAUAGCUGAGAUAGAGCAGGCGUACUUCCCCGAUGAUUCUCCGUAUGGAAUGUUCCGUACCUGCAGGUUUUACAUGGAUGACAGUCUAGUCAUUGAUGACAAAUCCACGAAAUCAAAAAAUUCCUUCCUGGACUUCCUGGCCCUGGAGUUACGGUUCUUUGGUGGUGCCAUUGCUGAAGAGAUCGACCCUGCUGUUUCUCAUGUUAUGAUGGACAACAGUGACCUUAGUCGGCUGGAGGAAAUAAAGGAAAUGAGGAGACAGAGGAGGAAGAAGUUUCACAUUGUCACUAGAUUCUGGGUCAGAGAAUGUAUGCAGGAGGGAACCCUAGUGUCAGAACGCAGAUUUGAACCAUCCUAAAAUGGAGCCAAUUAUGGUCACCUUUUACAUGUCUGGAAAAAAGCCAUUUCGUUGACAUGUAGGAUGAGGAUCAAGAGCAAGUCAUUUCUUGUUAACCCUUUCACCCCUAUGUGACUUUAGUAGACUCUACCAUGCAUUAAUCUGGAUGAGUCCAUUAUGGUCUACAGUGGUGAAAGGGUUGAUAUGUGAUUAAUUUUUAUCUUUUGUGUCACACUGUAUAUUAUCAAGAGCCAUAGUCUCGGGGGAAUGUUUCAUCUAUACCAGAGUGAUCUUUAAAUUUUAGCAAAACAUCUUUGACCCGGUUUAUCCCUGUCUGGGACAUAUUAUUACAAUAUCUUUCCAAUUCAAAUAGUAUAUCAGUAAAAGGAGUAUGGCAUUCUAUUUCUCAUACUGCAUUGAUAGCAGGGGGAAUAACUCUUAACCUAAGCUUAGGCAGCUACAGUUAAUUAAUGUGGUGUAGAAGCUCUCCCUGAUGUUGUAUGGUUUAUAUGUAUCAUACAUACAUACAUAUGAAUGAAUGAAUCAUGUGAUAUAUUUGUAGCAAAUAAAAAUUGAAAUAUAUUCAUAAUGUUUGAUUUCUAUUCAAAGAUUAAGGUAACACAUGUAUACCGGAUGAAACGGUUCAGGUGACGUGAAAUA